GGGGGGAGGGCUCCGUCGGCCGCCAUUUUCCUGCGGCGGUCGGCUGUAUGUGUGAGACUCCGGCUGGGGCGGCCGAGCGGCGGCUGGGCGCGGCGGCAGGGUCCCUUCCCGGGUGACCAGCCCGGCUCUUCCCGCAGGCGGAAGGUCCGGGGCCAGGCGGCGGGGUGGGGUCCAGCCGGGACCGCCCUCUCUCCUUUUCCCAUCCCUCCCCCAGGUUCUCGCGCCAGGUUAGCAUCGGCGGCGGCGGCGGCUGGUGGGCUCCGAGUCGGGCACCAUGUCUGGGCAGAGCAUCACCGACCGCAUCACGGCGGCGCAGCACAGCGUGACCGGCUCGGCCGUCUCCAAGACCGUCUGCAAGGCCACCACGCACGAGGUGAUGGGCCCCAAGAAGAAGCACCUGGACUAUUUAAUACAGUGCACCAAUGAGAUGAACGUGAAUAUCCCGCAGUUGGCGGACAGCUUGUUUGAGAGGACGAUGAACAGCAGCUGGGUGGUGGUAUUCAAGUCGCUCAUCACAACUCACCAUCUAAUGGUGUAUGGCAAUGAGCGUUUCAUCCAGUAUCUGGCUUCCAGAAACACGUUGUUUAACUUGAGCAAUUUCUUGGACAAAAGUGGAUUGCAAGGGUAUGAUAUGUCAACAUUUAUCAGACGGUACAGCAGGUAUCUGAAUGAAAAAGCAGUUUCUUAUAGACAAGUAGCGUUUGACUUCACGAAAGUAAAACGAGGGGCUGAUGGAGUGAUGAGGACGAUGAAUACAGAGAAACUCCUAAAAACUGUACCAAUUAUACAAAACCAAAUGGAUGCCCUUCUUGAUUUCAAUGUCAACAGCAACGAACUUACGAACGGCGUGAUUAAUGCUGCCUUCAUGCUUCUCUUCAAAGAUGCCAUUAGACUCUUUGCAGCAUAUAAUGAAGGGAUUAUUAACCUGCUGGAAAAAUACUUUGACAUGAAGAAGAACCAGUGCAAAGAAGGCCUUGACAUAUACAAGAAGUUCCUGACUCGAAUGACGAGAAUUUCAGAAUUCCUCAAAGUCGCAGAGCAAGUGGGGAUAGACAGAGGAGACAUACCAGAUCUUUCUCAGGCACCGAGCAGCCUUCUGGAUGCUUUGGAACAGCACCUGGCCUCCUUGGAAGGAAAAAAGAUCAAAGAUUCCACUGCUGCAAGCAGGGCCACCACCCUUUCCAACGCCGUCUCUUCCCUUGCAAGCACCGGCCUGUCACUCACCAAAGUAGACGAAAGGGAAAAACAAGCCGCGUUAGAAGAAGAGCAGGCGCGUUUAAAAGCCUUAAAGGAACAGCGUCUAAAAGAACUUGCAAAGAAACCUCAUACCUCCUUAACAACCGCCUCCUCCCCGGUGUCCAAUGCAGCCGGAAGCAUCAUGACCACACCAGCCGUCGACAUUUUCUCCACACCUAGCUCUUCAAACAGCACAUCAAAGUUGCCAAACGACCUGCUGGACCUGCAGCCAACAUUUCAUCCAUCAGCGCAUCCUAUAUCCUCUGCGCCCCAAGUAGGAGGGACCUGGGGAGAUCCCUUCACUGCCACCGCUGACGCUGUCGACGAUGCCAUUCCAAGCCUAAAUCCUUUCCUCGCAAAAUCUAGCGAUCACCUCUCUGUCUCCUCUGACGUACCUCCUUUCACUACUAGGACACCUACUCAUGAGAUGUUUGUUGAUUCUUUUUGUGGUCCACAAGCUUAUCCUAAUGCUUCCCAUUUCCUCAGUGAGCCCUCAACUGUAGCUGGUCUAUUUGGAGGCUUGACUCCGUCUCCCAUUGCCCAACCCCAAACCUCUGCAGGCCUUAAUGUUGACUUUGAGUCUGUGUUUGGAAACAAAACGACAAAUGUGCCAGUGGAUUCUUGUGGGUUUGAUGAAUUAGGUGGACUCCUAAAACCAACCGUGGCUUCUCAAAACCAGAGUCUUCCAACUUCCAAAGCACCUCCUAAUAAAUUAGUAUCGGACGAUCUGGAUUCCUCUUUAGCCAACCUUGUAGGCAAUUUGGGCAUUGGAAAUGGAACAGCAAAAAACGACGUGAAUUGGACACAGCCAGGAGAGAAGAAGCUAACGGGAGGCACCAACUGGCAGCCCAAAGUUGCGCCAACAACAGCGUGGAAUGCACCGACAAUGAAUGGCAUGCAUUUUCCACAAUACGCACCGCCUGUAAUGGCCUAUCCUGCGACGACGCCAACCGGAGUGAUGGGCUACGGAAUGCCGUCCCAAAUGGGAGGAGUGCCGGUAAUGACGCAGCCAACCUUAAUAUACAGCCAGCCUGUCAUGAGACCUCCAAAUCCUUUUGGUCCUGUAUCAGGAGCCCAGAUACAGUUCAUGUAACCGUGCCAGAUCGAGGGAGUGAGAAGAGUUCCAGAAAGACCCACGCGCUCAGCGGCCGACACCAGCCUUCCUUCCAGCCGCGUCAAAAACCGAUGUCUCUUAAGCUCUCCUCUUCCUUUAGACCAAUGCAGUAAAAAAUCACAAAAGGCCCGCGGGAGUGGUGGGGGCGCCACUCUAGGUAAGCCGUGGUCCCCCCACUGCACUGAAUAUAAAGCCAAGAAUUGCCACAGUUUUGGUGUAGGAUCUUUUUUUUUCUUUUCUCCCCCUCCCUUCCCCCCGGUGACUUAACACAUCGGUAGUUACCACAGUCUGAGAACACACACACACACAAAAAAGAAGCGUCUUACUCCGCUAAGAAGGGUAAAAACACGCAUUUGGAGCUGCUGUUUGGAAUGAAGAGCCUGAGCACCAUCUUUUACCGCUAACGCCAACGACUUCUUUCUCUAGGGGAAUCGAAUCCUAAGUCUAAUUUUCCAGCUUUUUCCGGUCAUCAUCAAUAUUAGGCUCUCAAUAACGAAAAGAUUAACUUAAAAAGGAAAAAAAGAAGAGAGAAUUAUAUAUUCCGUUGCAUAGACAUUCCUUUAUGUAUUAUUUGUAUUUAUUUAUGGUUAUUGAUUUUAAGUAACGUCGUUAUCACGAAGCCCUCCUUUGUGGAGCAAAAAAUGUGUCUGUGGAUGUAUACAGUAUGUCUCCUCCUAGGGUUUAUUAUUCCCCCCCCCCCUUUCCAUCCACAAGAACGAUUCGACGCGCAUCCUCACCCACCAGUACACGCACCCCAGACACACGGAGCACGGAGCACGUUCCCAGGUUUGAAAAACACCGACGAACCUCCCUGGGCACUGGAGGUGUUGUCCUCAUAAACUGUCGGUUCCGCUACAGAUUUUGGGCAGGGGGAGGGGGGAGCAACCCGACCGGCUUGGAGGAGCACGGGGAUCACUCGCCUAGGUGUCGGCGGCUUCAGGAGCGAACUUUUCCUUGCUUUGUGCUUGGCAUGUAAUUAUCUUACACUCGACAUAAACGGCCUUUCCAAAAUGAAUGUGAGGAAUUGCUUUCACUUUUAAAGACUUUCCUUCUCUGUACAAACAACAAAAACACACCUUUUGAGGUAUUUCGGGGGGGUGGGUGAAUUGAAUAAGGCCUUGAUUCUUCCCUUCGUUUGGCUGGGGCCGUGCCCACAAUCAUGUACUGUGGAAUAGAUUAAAUUCUCAAAAGGGAAGUUGCAUCUUGAAGGGCACGAUCCAUUGGGAAAUUCUCCUGCGUCGUUCUCCUGUUGAAUGGGGGGGGGGCUUGGUGCAGGAAGUCCCCCCCCCCGCCCCCCCCUCUCUCUUAAUUGUGUAGGUAUCCUAAUUUUUCUGCAGAAAUCAGAAGCAGCGCUGUUGACCAGCGCUUUCGUGUAAAUACGUCAUUCCGGUUUUAGAUGGCGAGACGGGGCCUUAAGAAGGACAAGUCGAAGGCAUGAAAGCAAUUCUGUACAUGAACUUUAAGCAUCCUUGCUGCAUUGUCUCCGCAGAUUCUAUUUUUGUUUAAAAUGUUGAAAUGUAUGUUAGCAAAAAAAAGAAGUGGAUUUUCAAAUAAAAUGCAGCUUCC